GGUCAAUAAUGUAAAUUCAAAAGUGUACAAAUCAUCACAAAAUAAAAUUUAGCGAUUUUUAGUCUUUUAAACUGUUUCUUUAAAGUUAGAGUAAUAAAAUGAGUUACAAUCCCAAUCAAAGGCCAAGUGGGCCGGCAAGGAAGGCAAAGCGUGUUAGUGAUGUAAAUGCAAUUGGUGGAACGUCACCAUCAGUUCCAUUUAAUCCAGCACCACCGGCAGCCGCAUUGCCGCCAAACCCACAACAGUUUAAUAAUAUGCAAUCGCCAGGCUAUUAUACACCUGAAGUAAAUCCUAAUAUAGGAUUUGCUGCUUCACCCAACAACUAUAAUCAAUAUCCUCAGCAACAGCCUCAACAGUUUGCUGGUCCUCAACAACAACCUCAACAGUUUGCUGGUCCCCAACAACCAAGAAUCAAUCCUCAAGAUCCAACUCAACAAGGAAGCUUCGGCCAACAGUUUGCCAUGCUUCAACAACCAAUGAUGCAAGACAUGGCACUUCAAUAUGGACAAAAACUUGCUGAUCAAGGAAAAGAAAUGGUGAACAAAGAGUUUGAAAAAUAUAUUCCAGUGACGAAGCUAAAAUAUUAUUUCGCUGUUGAUAACCGAUAUGUGAUGAACAAGCUUCGUUUACUAUUUUUUCCAUUUGCUCACAAAGAUUGGUCACUAAAAUAUGACCAGGAUAAUCCCAGCCAACCACGUUACGACAUCAACGCGCCAGAUCUGUAUAUUCCAGUAAUGGCUUACAUUACUUAUGUUGUGCUUGCUGGGUUUAUUUUGGGAACUCAGGAAAGGUUCUCGCCUGAACAAUUGGGAAUCCAAGCUAGCAGUGCUCUUGCUUACAAUAUUUUCGAAUUGAUCGUUUACACCAUAACGCUUUAUGUAUCAAAUAUCAGCACAACACUCAGAACUCUUGAUUUAUUAGCUUUCUCUGGUUAUAAAUAUGCAAUUGUUGUUGCUAUUCUCUGUACAAGCAUUCUCUUCAAUCAAACGGGAUAUUACAUUACAUUGCUUUAUUGUGGAUCAUCUCUUGCAUUCUUUUUGUUUUUCAUCAUGAUGAAAAAAAUUGAACCAUCAGAAAUCGGGAAAAACCCAAACUUAAUUGCAAAAGCCCAAAAGGAAAUGGCCCAAUCCGAUAUUCUCGUUUGCGGUAAAUGCCAUAAUGUAUUCCACUUCAUCGACCUUUUCAAAGAGCAUAAAGCCAAUAAUUGCAGGCGUUCCUCGGAAUUUGACGAAUGCCGCGAAACAAGGCCCAAAAUCUGGGCAUAUUUGCUGUGGAAGCAAACUCAGUUCCAACAGAAAAUUGAUAAUGAAGAGGAGAAUCCCUGGAAACUUUAUCAAACAUGGAUGAAGUUAGAUGAGAAUACACGACAAGCUUGGCUUGUUGCUGGUGAAACGAUUCAAUCAUUUGAACGAUUUGGGAAUGGCGUUUUGAAAGAAACUCCAGUGAAGAUAACGAAAACAUUGUCACCAGAUAAGCCUCCAGUGCGAACAACGCCGGUUGGUCAAGUUGUAAAGCGUGUUGUUCCUCGUCAAAAUGUCAUGAUAACCGAACAGAGAGUUAUUAGAAGAGGCGAUGAUGGAACUGUCCAAGAAAAGAUUAUAAUUUCACCGAAAGCCAUGCAACAUCGCUUCAUUAAUCGCACUGAUCCAACUUCUGGAAAUAUUGAAAAAGCAGCUGUGGAGAAAAUAAUGGCAAAACGCAUGAAUCCUCGUAAACGUGAAAACGAAUAUCUUGUUAAAUGGGAAGAGAAACCUCAAACAUGGGAACCAGCAUCACAUCUUGACACUUGCAAAGAUCUUAUUGAUAACUUUGAAAUAUUGUUAGCUAAACAGAAGGCAAUGCGCUCAAAGACAGCAGCACAACAGCAACAACAAUCACAAACAUCUCAGCCAUCAGCUACAUCAACACCAACCCAAGCUGCUCCAACUGCUGUUAACAGACCACAAAGAUUUAGCAAAGAGAAAGCCAUCAAUCAAGUGAAGCAAUGGACAGGAAUGAAACGACCAAAGACUGAUGGUCCAGGACAAAACGGAAACGUUCGUGUAAUGCAAGCAAAUAAAUCUGAUAUGACAAUCGGUGCAACAGUCGUUCGCAAAGUCAUAGGGUCGAGUUCUCCUGAUGCAAUCGUUGCCGGACAGAAGCAACAAAGUGGAGUUUUCAAGAAAGCAUCUCCUGGUGCUGUUCUGCAGAAGAAACCCGGUGAAGGUCAAGUUCGUAUUGUCGGCUCGAAAGAUCAGAUUCAAAGUGGGAUCGUAAGAAUUGCAACAUCUUCUGGAGGCUCUCCUACCAAACCUGGUGUUGUGACAAGAAUUGUACCGAAAGCUCCUCUCUCUCAAGCUCGUCCUUCACCAACAACAGGGACUGUUGUUCGUUCAUCUCAAGUUCAAUCACAACAGAGAAUUUUAGCACAAAAAAUCAUGCAAAAGUCACCGAUAAAUAAGACGCAAUCGCCACCAGCAAAUCGACCAAGCGUUGGUCAAGUCGUACAAAGACAAUCUGCACGAACUCCUCAAGUUCUACGUAAAGCAGGAACACCACAAAAUGUUCCAGCUGGCAGACGACCAGGACAACCAAUUCAACAGCAGCAUUCUCGAAUGGUUAAGAAAGGUGCAACGGCAUCGAAUCAAGAUGAUGAUGACGAUGGCAUUCCAGAUCCAUUUCCAAAAGAUUUGCCACCAAUUGAAACAGAAUCGUCAAGUCCACCUCCACCAUUGACAUUAUGUCCAAUAACAGGAAAGGUUUUGGGGCAAGCUGAAGGUGAAUCGAAUACAGCUGAGGAAGCAGAAGACACAGAAUCAACUGACCAACAUCAAAUCACGCAGUUGUUGUCGAAUGAAGAUGGAACUCCAAUUUAUAUCACUGGGGAUGACGGCACAAUGUAUCAGGUCGCUGGAAAAAAUGCAAACGGUGAAACAAUUUUGAUUUCAUCAAAUGCUGAAGGAGAGCAGACUUGUGUGUUGCUUCCAGCUGACCAAGAUUUGCUUGCUGGCUUACCAGGAAUACAAACAACUGAUGCCACCGAAGCACAGAUUGAAGCUGCUCCAUUGACGGUUGAUGCUGCUGUUGCUGAAGCUGUUGCAACAGGAGAGCAAGCUGAAGGCGAGCAGAUAUUCGGAAAGGAAGGUGACGAAGCUUCACAAGGAUCUGCUGAAGGAGUUACUCACCCCUUGUCAAUUGCUGUCAGUGGAGGUGAAAGUGGAGACUCACAAGAUGGUCAAAUAACGGCUGAGAUUGUACAAGCAGAUGAACCAUCGCCUGGUGGGACACGCAAAGUCGUUUUGAUGCUUCCAGAUGGUAACUUGAUGGUAACCGAGCUAUCGCAAGAACAAUUUCAAUCGUUAAAUCUUCAACAAUAAACAGCAAACUUUAAAUUAAUUAACAGAUUUCUAUUCUAAUAAAAUGAAUUAACAAUAGUUUUACUUUUUCUUCAACAUAAUAUUUUCAAAUUAAUUUAAUAAUUUUAAGAAAAUUUUCUUUUCAUUUCACUGAAGUUUUUCUAAAGAUUUCUUUUGUUUUGUAAGCACUUGGAAUUGUUCAAAUGAGCAUAUUUGGACUCUAAAUAGUUAAGUAAAAGAAAAUUUGUGCUUUUUAGUGACUCUUAUCUACCUUUCAUCCCAAAUUCUUUCUCCACCUCUAUAAUUAAAUGUUUAAAAUUAAAAUGUUAAGAAAUUUGAUUACAUGAAAUUAUAAAAUAAAAACAUAGAAAAAAUUAUAAAAUGAUUUGCGUUUAAAGCUUUGUCUAAAUAAAAAAAACUAUCAAUCAAUUUCUAACUUUCUAAACGAUCCUUGCAUGCCAUAAAUUUCCUUUCGAUCAUCAAAAGAAUUGUAAGAAUCAAUCGACAUUUUCAAUGAUCGCACAGAACCUUCACGAAUAGCUUGAGGAUAUUUUUCAAGAUUAACUGACAUCUGAUCGUUGUUUAAUAAUAGUUGUCGAUUCGAGAGAAGCUCUAUCUUAAAUGCAUCAAUCAUACUCUUCAUAGGAACAUUACCACCAUACUCAAUUGGAAGAAGAUCCGCACCAAUGACACCAGAAAUGUCUUCAACCUUUUUGUGAAGAAAAACUCGUUUUCGCAUUUUUUCACUCAUUUGUGCGAGUGCAAAAUCAACAGCAAAUUUAACUGAUGAAUGAACUUUUAAGCCAUGAAUUUCCUUUUGUCUCAUUGGAAGAAGUUUCUAAAUAAUGAAAAAUAAUUUUAAAUAAAUCAUUGAAUAGAUUUUACGAACCUCAAGAUUUUUCCCUAUUCGG